GAGCGAUAGGUGCGAUAUCGAACUUUUUCAACGUAGUAUUUUAGAAUAUGGCACUUGCCCAGACUGCCAUUUACAAAAUACCUUUAUUUGCUGGUGUAAGUCUUGCAAUUCUGAAAGAUUUCGCAAAAAUUUUAUGAAUUGGACAAGUGGAGAUGAAAAUAUUAAUGAUCUUAUUCGAGAAGCUCAAUUAUCAGCCGAAAGUCCCUGGGAAAUUUUAGAAUUCAUUCCAUACGAUCGCCUUAGGGACAUUAUCUAUCUUUCUAGCGGCGGCUUUAGUCAUAUAUAUAAAGCCAUUUGGAUUGAUAGUUAUAUUCGAAAAUGGGACCCUAAUCAAAAUGAUUGGGUUAGGAAGAAACUCAGGAUACACAAUUGGAGUUACAUUUAUGAUACAGAUACACCAACCAUUAAUUCAACCAUUGGAAGAAUGGUCGUGCUGAAAAGUCUUAAAAAAUUUGCAAGCAAAGAAUUACUACUGACAGAAGUAGUAAACCAUUUACGAUCGUUUAAAGCUGCGAGAAAAAUUGGAUCAAUGAUAUUUCCGUUAGUUGGAAUUACUAAAAACCCAAUGACCUUGGAGUAUAUGGUCGUAAUGAACAACUGGCUUGAAUGCCACAAAAAAAAUAAAGAUAUUGAAGAAGAUAGUGAAGUCAUGCAAUUUCGUAAUGCUGACAAGAAGUUGAAAGAAUCUUCAAACCUAAUUUCUCAUUUAAGAUCAAAAAGUUAUCAUCCUGAAGCAUCCUGCAACAGUAGAUUUCUUAACCCUUUACCACUAAGUAAUAUGUAUAAAAUUAAAAAUGGUAAUGACAAAAUAACGGUAAAUUGA